GGUGGUGGGCAGAGCAGACACAAGGAGAGACGGUUUCUCGCAGCCACCCCGGCUGGCGGACCACUGACCUCGCGGGUGUGAGGUCCUAGAGAGCCGCCAUGAACCUGAUCAACACCGACGCGGAGAACCGCGUGGUGCUGAAUGUGGGCGGCAUCCGGCACGAGGUGUACAAGGCGACGCUGAAGAAGAUCCCGGCGACGCGCCUGUCGCGGCUGACGGAGGCGCUCGCCAACUACGACCCCGUCCUCAACGAGUACUUCUUCGACCGGCACCCGGGCGUGUUCGCGCAGGUGCUCAACUACUACCGCACCGGCAAGCUGCACUACCCCACCGACGUGUGCGGACCGCUCUUCGAGGAGGAGCUCGAGUUCUGGGGGCUCGACUCCAACCAGGUCGAGCCCUGCUGCUGGAUGACCUACACCCAGCACCGGGACACGCAGGAGACGCUGGCCGUGCUGGACAGGCUGGACUUGGACACGGAGAAGCCCAGCGACGAGGAGAUCGCCCGCAAGUUCGGCUUCGAGGAGGACUACUUCAACGGAACGCUCUCCAGGUGGCAACACAUCAAGCCCAAGAUAUGGUCCCUCUUCGACGAACCCUACUCCUCCAACGCCGCCAAGUUGAUCGGUGUGAUAUCGGUGUUCUUCAUUUGUGUUUCGAUCGUGUCGUUCUGCCUCAAGACUCACCCGGACAUGCGAGUGCCGUUCCUGGUAAACCGCACAGUGUCGACCCCAGACAAUGCCACCACGUGGGUGCUGUACAAAACUAAGACGAAGGCGCACGACGCCUUCGACUACAUAGAGUGCGUGUGCAACGCGUGGUUUACUUUAGAAUUUUUUAUCCGUUUUAUCGCGUCGCCCAACCGUCUGGACUUCAUAAAGGCGUCCGUCAACAUCAUCGACUACGUAGCGACUCUCAGUUUCUACAUCGACCUAACGCUGAACCACGUCGCCUCGGACCUGCGCAACGCGGACAUCCUCGAGUUCUUCAGCAUUAUCCGCAUCAUGCGGCUGUUCAAGCUGACGCGACACUCGUCCGGCCUCAAGAUCCUCAUCCAGACGUUCCGGGCGUCGGCCAAGGAGCUGACGCUGCUCGUCUUCUUCCUGGUGCUCGGCAUCGUCAUCUUCGCGAGCCUCGUCUACUAUGCGGAGAGGAUACAGACCAACCCGGAGAACGACUUCAGGAGCAUCCCGCUGGGCCUGUGGUGGGCGCUCGAGACGAUGACGACCGUCGGCUACGGCGACAUGGUGCCCAAGACGUACGUGGGCAUGUUCGUGGGAGCGCUGUGCGCCCUGGCCGGCGUGCUCACCAUCGCCCUGCCGGUGCCAGUCAUCGUCAGCAACUUCACCAUGUACUACUCGCACACGCAGGCGAGGGCCAAGCUGCCCAAGAAGCGGCGGCGCGUGCUGCCCGUCGAGCAGCCCAGAGGCCCGCGUUACGCGACCGGCGCCGGUCCAGGGGUCGGGAUGGCCUGUCCGCAGAACAGGCGCAUGAACGCCAUCAAGGCCAACCACCCCAAGGACGCGCUGGUGCCGUCCAAAAUCGCAACGGCUGCUGCAGGUGUUGCACUCACUAUGAGUUUCAAUCCGAAUGGGGUAGGCAGAGUCACUGUCAACAAGAUACUUUCAACGAAUUCUGAAUCCACUCCUACUGCCAGUUCACAGAUCGUUAAGCCAGGACAGUAUCAAUAAAAGUGAUCUGACAGCUUCCUUUAAAAGUCAAAUUAACACAAUGCAUUAGAAGUGAAAUAAGUUGAUAAUUAAUACAAGGAAAGUAAGCAAAAGAAUAUGAGAAGUUAUAGUCACAACUGAAUAUUUUUAAUGUUCUUUUUUUGUAAAACCAGAAUGUGCUCCUGUAUAUUUGUACCAUAAUGCUUGUCAGGAACUGUGGAUUUGAUAUAAAAUGUAAAAGCUUCUUUAUAUUAGCAUUUGCUGUGUUAAAAGAGUACAUAAUAAACAUAUGUACAUACACUAUAAAAAUCAACAAAGUUCCAGUGUCCAAAUAUAUGUUAGCAUUUUCAUAAAACAGUUAAUAUUUCUGAAAAAUUGUUGGAAUGUGUACCAAACAGCAGAAAUGUAAAUUGACUAGAUAUUAAUGCUUUUGUGUAAAAAGAACAAAAAAAGAAGAGUUAAACAUGUUUCUGCCAAUUCAUACAUGUCUAAAAUGAACACAAUGUGUUAGAAAAUAAUCAGAAAUAUUUAUAGAUCGACAGGAGUAGCCCUCAAUUUACCAUGACUCCAUGGAAACUACUUGUGAAGAUUUAUCCAUCCUCAGUGUGUUUUCCACAAAAUCUGCAUGCUCAUCAUUUCUGCCAGACACAAAAUCACAAGGAUUACUUUUGUAAAUUGGUUCUUCUUAUUCAUGUAUCUAAAACAAUUUUUAAGCAAAUCCAAGCUUACAUUCAACUGUACUGUUGGUAAAAAGAGCCUAUUGACCUGGACUGGAAAACUUUUUGAGUGAAAGCUGAUAAUAACAUCCAGUACUUGUCUUUUUAGAGAUAAAAUUUAUUGUUGAAGUUAUUUUAA